AUGCCCUCCUUCACCGGCACCACCCCCGAGGCUCUCCUCGGCCGCACCGACUCCCUCAACCCCGAAGCCACAUGUCGCGGCAUCACCUCCAACGGCCGGCCCUGUCGCCGCCCCGUCAGCCCUACAGGCCAGCCGCCCUCGCGCAAGAAGCUCUCGCCGCCAACCCCUGAUGACGGCAGCGAGGACUCUUACUGCUGGCAGCACAAGGACCAGGCCGGCCGCUCGGGCAAGUCGACGCCUGGCUCGGGACGACCCUCUGGCGGCGUCAUCCGCGAGGAGGGCCGUACGAGUCUGGACACGCUGGCGGAUCGUCUGGGGCUCGUGGAGAUCAACGAUGGCGGGAGGCCCAAUGGCGGCCGGUAUAGCUCGGAAAAGUACAGGCCCAAGCCAAAGAGCACGACGUUCUGCUUCUGCUUCAGCGUGCCGGAAGAGGACUUUGACGAGGCGCCACGGCCUCACCAGCCCAGACCGCAGCCUCACCCUGUUCAACCCCAAGUUGGCCGGCCAUCAACCUCGUCGGCGCGUCCAUCACGCCCACAGACGUCUCACAACCAGGGUCAUUUGCGCCCCUCCAGCUCGUCGGCCCCCACGGCAGGGCACCUCAAGUCUCUCAUCCCCGACAACCUCGAUGCCCACACGUCCUCGGUGCUCAUGAAGGAAGUCGCCAAGCCGCCCUCCGACGCCGACGAGCCCGGCUACAUCUACAUGUUCUGGCUGACGCCCGAAUCGGCCGCUGAUCCGGCCCCCGUCGACGCCGCAAGGGACCUGCUCGCUCCUCCUCCCCGCGGCGGCGCCCGCAGCAGACGGCCCAGCGACGUUGUUUCUUCAUUCGCAAACACAAAUGGCCAGAAGCCAAAGACUAUGCUUCUCAAGAUUGGCCGAGCAGCCAAUGUCCAGCGCCGCAUGAACCAAUGGUCCCGCCAAUGCGGCCACUCCAUCCAGCUGCUGCGCUUUUACCCCUACAUGUCCUCAUCUACUCCUCCAUCCUUUGACGCUGCGUCGUCUCACUCUCACGGACGAGGUGCUGGAGGAAGAGCUCCUUCGCCAGCUGCUGCCGCUGCGGCUGUUCAUCCCACGCCUCAUGUCAAGAAGGUGGAGCGCCUUAUUCACCUUGAGCUCGGCGGCAUGGGACUCCGUGCUGAUCUUGGCGCUUGUAAGACGUGUGGACAUGAACACAAGGAGUGGUUUGAGGUGGAUGCUUCGAGAGAUGGAGUCAAGACUGUGGAUGAUAUUAUUCGUCGCUGGGUAGGGUGGGAUGAUGGUUCUGUUGUAGGCGGGCGAUGA